CCUAUCCAUUCAUCCAAAACCACCAUUUUUCCAAACGUCCCCUCCAAACUACCACCAACAAUUUAGAGAGAGAAAGAGAAAACUAGACAGAGAAAUUUCCAUCAUUAGCAUAUUAUUAAAGGGGAUUAGGGGACAAUCAUCAAACAAACCCCUUUGCUUAUUUCUUCAUCUUACUUCCUCAAAAAAAACAGAGGAAAAAAACAGGGGAAUUUAUUUCAACUAAGUACCCUCAUUUAUAAGCUAACAUAUAUCAACAUCAUUUUUGCUUCAUUUUCACAUCACUUUCUUUAGUUACCUACUUUUCUUAUAAAUCACCUUACAAAAAUUUGUACAUUUUCAUGGAAGAUAAUCCAUUAAUUUCAAUGGCAAGAGCAGGAAAAAUCGUUCGAAAAUCGGUUUAUACAUUCCUUCAACACUACCAAUACUUCACCUCAAUAGCUGCCUUCAUAGCUCUUCCUUUCUCAAUUUCAGUCCUCAUAUCUCAAGCAAUUGUUCCUCGCUCGUUCGCGCUCCUCCCCACCGUGUAUGGCCGCCUUCACACGGUGUUUCUCGCGGCAGGGUUCCCUCCUUACUCCGAUUUCUUCUCCCUUCUCAGCCUUAAACUUUCUCAAACAAUCUCAUCAUCUAUUGUUACUCUCCCUUUCACCCUCUCUUUUCUUCUCUUAGCAAAAGCCUCAAUCAUCCAUUUCUUCACACAUAAGACUAAUAAUAAUCAACAAAAAACACCACCUUCUUCUUCUUCUUCUUCUUUUAUAGCCCUUUAUCACCCUAUUCUCUCCACCCAUAUAUGCAACACUUUCAUCAUCUUCGCCGCAAAUGCAACAUGCUUCUCCCUCCUUUUCUUGGCAUUCAACUUCAUCGAAGGCUUCCACCUUAGCUCUCCAAAAUGGGUGCUCCUCUUCUCGGUUCUUGGGUCGGUGUUCUACUCCAUAAUCCUUGCGAAUUCUUUCGUUGUUUGUAGUUUGGCAUUGGUGUCAUCGGGAAUAGAAAGGAGAGGUGGAUUUUUAUCUGUACUUAAAGCAUGUGUUUCAAUACGAGGUAAAACCUCCACCGCGUUGGCCUUAGCUGUGCCUACGAAUCUCGGCCUCGCCGCGGUGGAGGCGUUGUUCCAUUUCAGGAUAAUCGCCACCGCUCAACACCACCCUAAUAGUAGUAGUGCCGCCUUGUGGCUGGUGGCGCUCGAGGGGGUGCUCAUCGCUUACAUUUACUCCGUCCUCGUUGUUCUUGAUGUGAUCAUGAGUUGCUUGUUCUACCAAUGUUGCGAAAACGAUCAACUUUUCCUUCAACAAUUCACUCAAGAUAAUAAUGGUAGCGUGACGGAGGUUGAAGAUGAAGAGUAUUGUUAUUAUGAAUAUAAUGCGGAAAAGUUGAAAGAAUUGGAGGAAUUUGUUUAAGUGUAUAAUUGGUUCAAGAAAAGGUUAGAUCAUUUUUCAAGAAUUUAAGUAUUGUUGUUUAAUUGGAAACAGAGCAUUUUGUACAGAAAUAUUACAAUGAAAAAAAAAAGAUAGAUUAUUAAAACCAAAAGAGAUGCAAACUUGCAAAGUAAAGAUGAUAAUUGAUAAAUCAUCAAAUUUUAUUAAUGAGAUUAAUUUUCAUAUUUCAAUACAA